GCGCCCCCCGCUCCCCCCGCGCGGGUGGGAGGCGCCGACCGAGGCUAUAAAAGGGCGGGCGGGCGCGGGAGGAGCGCAGUGCGGGCGCCACGUGGAGGGGACGCGGAUCCAGCGGCACCGCCAUGGCCUCCAACGAUUACAGCCAGACGGCGACGCAGAGCUACGGCGCCUACCCCGCCCCCCCCAGCCAGAGCUACUCGCAGGGGGGGGGUCAGGGCUACUCCCAGCAGAGCUACGGCGGCUACGGCCAGAGCUCGGACACGGGCUACGGCCAGGGCGGCUACAGCAGCUCCUAUGGACAGAGCCAGAGCGGUUAUUCGGCGCCGGCGGCUCCUCCCUCCUACGGCUCCGGCGGCUUCGGCUCCGGGCAGAGCUCCCAGGGCAGCUACGGCCAGAGCUCCUCAUAUCCCGGAUAUUCCCAACCUCCUGCGGCUGCUUCCGCCUCUGCCAGUUACGGCAGCGGCUCCGGCAGCUCCAGCUACGGCCAAGCCCCGAGCGGGGGCUACAACCAACAGAGCGGGGGCUACAGCCAGCAGAGCUACGGGCAACAGUCGUCCUACAACCCUCCCCCCAGCUACAGCCAGCAGGGCCAGUACAGCUCCGGCGGCUCCGGAAGUUACUCCCAGGAUUCCUCGCUGAGCUCCGGGGGGUUCCAGGAGCCGGGCGGGAAUUUCGGAUCCUCGGAGCGCGGGCGCGGCCGCGGCGCCUUCGGCUCCCGGGGCGGCUUCGAGCGCGGGCGCGGCCGCGGCAACCGCGGGAACAUGGGCGGUGGUGAGCGUGGUGGCUUCAAUAAAUUUGGUGGACCCCGGGAUCAGGGGCCCAGGCACGAGCCAGGGGAGCAGGAUAACUCGGACAACAACACGAUCUUCGUGCAGGGGCUGGGGGAAAACGUCACCAUCGAGUCCGUGGCCGAUUACUUCAAACAGAUCGGGAUCAUCAAGACCAAUAAGAAGACCGGCCAGCCCAUGAUCAAUCUCUACACCGACCGUGAGACCGGGAAGCUCAAGGGCGAGGCCACCGUGAGCUUCGACGACCCCCCCUCGGCCAAGGCGGCCAUUGACUGGUUCGAUGGGAAGGAAUUCUCGGGCAAUCCCAUCAAGGUCUCGUUCGCCACGCGCCGAGCGGAUUUCACCCGGGGCGGGGGCGGCCGGGGCCGCAGCCGGGGAGGGCCCCUGGGCCGGGCCGGGUUCGGGUCCGGAGGCUCCGGCGGCCGCGGCGGCUUCAGCGGUGGGGGAGGGGCACAGCAGCGAGCGGGGGACUGGAAAUGCCCCAACCCGGCGUGUGAGAACAUGAACUUCUCGUGGCGCAGCGAAUGCAACCAAUGCAAGGCCCCCAAACCCGAGGGGGGGCCCGGGGGGCCUCACCUGGGCGGGGGCGGGGCCGGAAAAUACCCCGGGGGGGGCAGAGGAGGAGGAGGAGGAGGAGGAGGAGGAGGAAACCACAUGGGUGGAUUCGAGGAUCGCCGUGGAGGCCGCGGAGGUUUCGAUCGCGGGGGUUUCCGUGGCCGUGGCGAGCGCGGGGGGUUCCGGGGCGGCCGCGGCGGCGACCGGGGCGGCUUCGGGCCCGGCAAGAUGGACAGCAGGGGCGACCACCGGCAGGACCGACGCGAGCGGCCAUAUUGAGCCCCUCCCCCACCCCCGCCCCUCCCCCACCCCCCUCGUUUUGUAUUCGCCUGCCCCUCCC